GGCGCUCCCCCUGCCCCCCGCUGGCCGCCUCAUGGCCAGCUCCCCGGGGCCCGGGCCCGGGCCCGACAUGGGGGCCGGCGACGAGGACGGCGCGGGGGAGCCGGGCCCCGCGGCGGGCGACGACGUGCGCAAGUGCGGCUACCUGCGGAAGCAGAAGCACGGCCACAAGCGCUACUUCGUGCUGCGGGCGGCCAGCCGCCUGGCCCCGGCGCGGCUGGAGUACUACGACAGCGAGAAGAAGUUCCGCAGCGGGCUCCGGGCCGCCGCCGCCGCCUCCUCCGGGCCGGCCUCCGGGCCGCCGCCGCCGCCGCCCAAGAGGGUCAUCCCCCUGUACCAGUGCUUCACCGUCAGCCGCCGGGCCGACGCCAAGCACCGCCACCUCAUCGCGCUCUACACCAAAGACGACUACUUCGCCAUGGUGGCCGACAGCGAGCAGGAGCAGGACAGCUGGUUCCGCGCCCUGAGCCGCCUCAUGGGCCCGGCCGAGGCCCAGCCCCGGGACCGGCCGCCCACGCCGCCCCCGCAGCCCCCCGCGGGGGGCGACGACGAGGACGACGCCCCCGGCUUCAAGGAGGUGUGGCAGGUGCAGGUGAAGCCCAAGGGCCUGGGCCACAGCAAGAACCUGAGCGGCGUCUACCGGCUGUGCCUGUCCAGCAAGGCCGUGCAGCUGGUCAAGCCCAACGCCCAGGCCCCCUGCGUGCAGCUGCAGCUGCUGAGCGUGCGGCGCUGCGGUCACUCGGAGCACUUCUUCUUCCUGGAGGUGGGCCGCUCCGCCGCCAUCGGGCCCGGCGAGCUGUGGAUGCAGGUGGACGACUCGGUGGUGGCCCAGAACAUGCACGAGACCUUCCUGGAGACCAUGAAGGCCCUCAAGGCCUUCGCCGAGUUCCGCCCCCGCAGCAAGAGCCAGUCGUCGGGCACCAACCCCAUCUCCUUCCUGUCGGCGCGGCGCCACCUGGGGCACCCGCCCCCGAGCCAGGCGGGCCUGCCCAGGAGGCCGAGGACCGACGGCGGGCCGGCCGGCACGCCGCCCAACGCCGCCAAGGGCGGGGCCUACCGCUUCCGCACCUCCAGCGAGGGCGAGGGGACCAUGGCCCGGCCCUUCCGCUCCGUCGCCGGCGGCCUCGUGCACCUCAACGCCGCCCGGACGGGCGGCGGCCGCCCCGACGGGGCCCGGGCGGCCCGGGCGGGCCCCGGCGGCCCGCAGCACGCCCGCUCCGCCUCGCUGCCCGCCGCCCACCUCCCGGCCCCCGCCAGCCCCGUCGGCGUCUCCCCGGGCCCGGGCUCCCCGGCCGACGGCGGCCCGGCCUCGUCCGACGAGUACGGGUCCAGCCCCGGCGACCCGCGCUACCUGCGCGUGCGCAGCGGCACCCCGGACUCGCUGGCCGGCACCCCGCCCAUCCGCGAGGAGCCGGGCCUCGGCCACUACAUGGCCAUGGGCCCCCGGCCGGCCCCGCGGCCCGGCCCCGGCCCCGGCGGGGAGGAGCGGGACCACCACCACCCCCCGCGCCACCCUCCCGGGGACCACCGGCCACCGCCGCCGCAGCAGGAGCCCGAGCCCGACGGGGGCUUCGAGGCCGACAAGGGCCUGCGGAAGAGGACGUACUCGCUGACCCGGGCCCGGACCGGCCCGCCGGCCGCCCCCGACGACGGCCCCGACCCGCCCCGGCCCCGGGGCGGCCCCGGCCCCGAGGACCCCCGGCCCGCCGGCCCGGCCCAGGGCCGCGCCCGGGCCCGGGAGGAGGGCUACAUGCCCAUGAUGCCCGGGGUGGCCGCCGCCCCGACGGCGCCGCCGGCCGGCCACGGCGACUACCUGCCCAUGGCGCCCCGGGGCGCCCCCGUGCCCGCCCCCCGAGCCUGGGGCGGCCCCUGGUCCCCGUCGUCGUCGCCCUCCUCCUCCUCCUCCUCCUCCUCGCAGGCGGACUCGCGGGGCUACGUGAUGAUGUACCCCCGGGCCGGCUCGUCGCCCCUCCGCAGCCCUCUGACGGGGCCCCCGCCCCGCGGGCCCGGCGACAAGGGGCGCGGCGGCGGCGAGUACAUGGACAUGUCCCCCGGGGGCCCCGCCGCCCCCCGGCCCUUGCCCAACGGGUUUGGCGGCCAAGCCCACGCCCUCUCCAGGGCCCUCAGUGCCUACUUCUCCCUGCCGAGGAGCUUCAAGGCCCUGUCGGGGCAGGGUGACCACAGCGAGUACGUCCCGAUGGCCUCCCCCGGGAGGCUGCUGGGCAGGGGGGGCCCCGCGGCCCCACCGAGCCCCCCGGAGGAGGAGGAGGAGGGGCCGGGCCCGGGCCGGGCCGCCAGGCCCACGAGGCUCCCCCUGGGCCCCGGGGGAGGCCACGGCGGCGUCCCGAGCGCGUACGGGCGGGCCACCCCGCCGGAGCCGGCCAGCCCCGGGGACUACAUCAACAUCGACUCCGGCGACAAGGCCAGCCCCACGCCCUACUCCCUUUCGGCCGAGGGGUCCCCGUCGUCGCUGGGCUCCAGCGGGGACACCGGCCGGUCGCCCCUCUCCGACUACAUGAGCGUGGACCUCGACGCCCAGUCCCCCAAGGGGGCCGGGGGGCUCGCCGGCUCCCCGGCCGACGGGCCGCCCUACGGCGGGGGCCCCCGCCCGGCGGCCGACCCCGCCCGGCCGGCGCCGGGGACCACGUGCGGCGGCGGCGGCGGCGGGACCGACGACUACACCGAGAUGACGUUCGGCCCGGCCGGGACGCCGCCCCCGCCUCUGGGGCCCCGGGCCAACGGCGCCCUAAGGGGCGACGGUCCCCCCUCCGCCGGCGACCGGUACCCCGGGGCCGCCGCUUUCCCCCUCCCCGGGCCCCGCCCCGAACCCCCCGUGGGACCCAAGGUGAUCCGGGCCGACCCCCAGGGCCGGAGGCGUCACAGUUCGGAAACCUUCUCCUCCACCGUGGGGACCGGGGCCCCUUCGGCCUCCUCCUCCUCCUCCUCCUCCUCCUCCUCGUUCUUCGCCGACGGCAGCAAGAGACACAGCUCGGCCUCCUUUGACAACGUCUGGCCGAAGCCGGAGGGGGGCCUGGCCGACGGGCCAGAGGGCAAGAUGUCCAGGGACACCUCCACCGGCUUUCAGAACGGUUUAAACUACAUCGCUCUGAACCUGCGGGAGGACUCCCUCAACAGCGAGGCCGGCAGCCCCGCCGCCGCCCCCGCCCCCGCCCCCGCCCCCGCCGCCCCGACCUGCCAUCCUCUCCAAAACGGGACCGCCGCUCCGGACGGCGGAGCUUACGUGAGCAUAGACUUCUCCAGAUCGGACGGCUUGAAGUGUAAUUCCGCAAGAAAAGACUGACAUUACCAAGGAAACUGUUUUUAGAAGAACACGAGGGUUGUGGAUUUUUCUGCUGGUCUCUCCCGGAUUUUGGAAAGCACAGAGGUUUACAAUAGCUGCUUUGGCCUCCACCAGCACAGACAUGGACACCCACAAUUGAACGAAUUCUGUUCAUACAGAUCAGCCUGAACUGCUGCCUAUAAUGGAGUUAUUUUGGAAUUAUGGAUUGUCACAACUCUGCUUCGGUGAUGGAUUUCCCUCUUCCCAGCUCCGCUCUCCCCUGCCUCCCCCAACCUAUCUGUAUGGGUGUAAACCUCAAAGUCAAAAGGCAGAUUGUCACUUCCUCCUUUUUCCCCUUUCCCCUCAAAAAUGUUUUUCAUCUAUAUACACACAAACUAUAUAUAUAUAUAUAUUCACACACAUAUAAAUAUAUCUAUAUACAUAUAUAUGCACAUAUACAUAUAUGUUUAUAUAGAUAUUUAUAUACGUGUGUGUGUGUACACAUCCAAAGGUGACUGACAGUAUAUUUAAUACAUGGAUUUGCUUAUCUGGUAUGAUACUAAAUGCCUAGUAGCUUUAACACGUAAAGUUUAGAAAUGAUUUGGAAGUUUAAAAUCUUUUGGGCGGGGGGAGGGAUGGUGAGGGGAGAACUAUGUAAUAGAACGUAAAUCUAUGAUCUAGAAUCUUCUCUUUCUUAAUGGUACAGGAGAUAAUGGUACAGAAGCUUAUUUCUUGAUCAUAGAUCUCAUGUUUGUAAAUCACCUUCACUGGUAUCAAGCCUAUUGAUCAGCGUGUUCCCCAAUUAAAAUGGCAGGAAGAGAGAGAGAACCGAUGAUUGCAAGUAUUUUCCCCCCUUUUUAGCUACAGACACAAAAUGAGUUGGAAUUUCUGUCUAUGCAUUUCAAAUGGGAAAAUUCAGACCGGUUGGGUAGCAUCUGUCUUCAUUUAGUCCCCCCACACUCCCUCCCCGCUUUCCCAGAACCAGGUCGUUCUGUCUUUUUAACCAAAGUCUCUUUUUCAUAUUGGACCAAGUUUUGCAGAAGGGAAAACGGUAGAGGCUUGGCUCAGUUUAUCGUGUGUCUAAAGGAAAAAGCUUCCCACAGUCACGGCUUAGUCUGGAAAGCGAAAUCUAUAGAAAUCAGAGUGAACCACAGUACUUUUGCAGGGUUUUGGUGGAUGUCCGAUUCGGAGCGUCUGUUAAUGCUGACCUUUUGGACAGUGUGACAUGGGUUAUGGGUACACAUAAUAUAUGGGUCUUAAGGCCCUGAAAAUAAAUAGAGGGUCUGGGUUGUGGCCCUCACAGCUUAAAGAUGCCGGCCACCCCCUGACCUCCCCACCAAAUAUCAGGCAAAGGCGAGGUUCAGACCGCCUCGCCUCUGAUGGACAACUGGUUCAAGAGUCUACUUUUUAGAACAACUUAUCCACCCGGUUUGGAUGUGCGGUGACUUGUACUUAAAUCUGUUUUUUGCAGUUUUAUGGAAUACAUGGUACUAAAACGAUCAAUUGAAUUUUCAGGAAGGACGUACCCGAUACCAACCUCUUUGCCGUUCUCGACACUUGAGGCGGGGAGGAUGGGAGGGGAUUGGGGGUGAGGGGGCCCGGAGAUGCAUUUCCACUUCUCUCGGGGGUAGGGGGAAUAUGGUGGUACAGUGACGAGUUGCUGCUGGAGCUCAGACUCCCUCGACCAGUUGAAAAAAAGAAAACAAAAAUCUCACCGCUUCUACCGAUCAUGAUCUCACCACGCAAUACAGCUCCUAUUGGCUCUCUAAUGAUGCAAUAUUUUAGACAGCCUUUUUUUUUUUCAAGCUCUGCAACUUUUUAAGAGUAAUUUCAGUAAUGACAGAAGUUAAAACAUCUCUGAUGGUGAAAAGAAAAGGUUGUUUGGGUAAAAAAAAAAAUGAAUUAAAUGUUACAUUACUUUAUUUACCUAUUAGGUCCUGAGGCUGCCAAUGUACCGUGUACAGCACUGACAACACAUGCUGAAUAAAUGGGUAACCUCAAACACGGUAGUACAGAUAUUAACAGGUACGGCAUUAUGAAUAUGCAAUCUUUUUGAAUCUUUUCUUAGUUUACAAACAACUAAUUUAUUCAGUAUUGUGCUGGAAGCAUAUUUUCGGGAAUAUGUAAAAACAUAUCAGUAGGUAUAUUACCUUCCAGCUACCAGUUUACGCUGCUGUAUAGUACAGAAAUACCAAUGACGGAACAAUGUUGUGACCUGUAAAUUUAAUUUGAUAUGGGGACAUAGUAAUUUCGUCUGUAAAAACGAAAACAUAUAUGGUUGGAACUGUUCAUUAUAUUUGCUAUUUCUGCUUCACAGAUCUGUUUAAAAGUUGAGCUGAUUUUUCUGGCUUUGUCUUCCAUUGUAAAUAUUGUUACAUUGUUUUCUUUGUAAACACAUCGCGCAUUUGCGGUUUGGGGAGACUGGCUUGGAGCUCUGUAUAGUGUUUCUAUUUAUCUGACUUGGCUUUCCCUAGAGCUACUUGCAGUAAAGACGUUGUUCAUGUAA